GUCCGUAAACAGUGUCCACUCAUCAAUCAUUCCUCUGCUUCCUGCAGCUGAAUCUCCCAGGAGGCAUCAUCAGAUCCUUUCAAUCUUGAAGACUGACAUGAAGUCCCUGUGGACUCUAACUCAAUGGAAGAUCAGGAGGGGUCCCUGACCCUGAGAUUUAAAAGCCCCACCCUCGGAACAAGAUUAGAAAACUCACAGGGAUUCAGAAAUCUGGUGGUAACAACCUUGGCUCUUUCCCUGGUGUUUUCUUUCAUGGGAAAUUCCAGCAGUGCUCCGCAGAGAUUCUUUGAGAGAAGGAACUGGACCCCUCAAGCUAUGCUGUACCUGAAGGGCGCACGUACGUUGCAAAUACUUGGCAGUUCCGACAGCAUUAAUCAAGGGACAAAGACAGCGGAGGAUGGGGGCGGAAGCGGGGUGGCGCGGGCAGGGGAUGGAAAAGCUAUUUCACAGAGGUUUCUCCAGGACUGUAGAUACUGGAACAGGAUUCAUCAAGAUGAAUAUUUAAAUGUUAACAGAAUCAUGUAUAUUUUUGUUUCUCCAGAAAGACGAAGCCCAAAUCCCCAGCUACUGACUUUUCCAGAGGCAGGAGCUGUGCUGUGGGCUUUCUUGCAGAAACCGCAAGAAGCUGGAGAAGAAAACUUUGAUCAAACCAGAUUCCUAGAAGACAGUCUGCUAAAGUGAUGAAAAUAUACCAGAUUACAUUCAAUUAUAGUUGUAUUCUCGGUGGAAACAUGAACCGUGGGAAUAAAGCCCUGGGACUCUUUUGACUUCAUUUGUGAUCUUAGGAACACACCCGGCCAGUAUUAGUCUUCCAGAAGCUAAAGUGAUGUCUAGUUCUUAGUGAGAACAUUGUCACCCUCUUCCAUUGCGUCAGGUCCUGGUUAGAUCACUUUGUGUCUUACUCACAAAUAUUUCAGCUCAUCUAUAAUUAUAAGAUUGAAGGCUCUUUAGAGGAGGGUUCUUUCUGUUACAACAAAUACCCAUCUUGAACUAAUAAUUCUUAGUUGUUGGUGUUUUCAUUGUUACCCAUUUGCAUUGUCUUGUCACUUGGCAGCGAAUCCCCACUGCUUUUGCCUCUUUUUUUACCUCCAGGGAUGUGAUUGCUGAGAAAGGGGACCAUUGGUGAGGCUAGAGCCAGUGGAAGGUUCUGUAGCCAGGAGCCCCCCACUUUGUGCUCUCUGUGGAGCUCCCAGAAUUCAGUUUAGAAAUGUGGAUCUAAACGUUACUGGGAAAUAAGCAGAUAGAGACACAUUCUACUCUUGGGUGCAUUGUACAAAAGAAACAAAUCAGUUUUUCAGAGGUAACCCAUUUUCCAUGGCUAAAGAGGCUCAAAGACUGUUUAUUAUAAUUGACUAGAAUGCUAAGCUUUCUUUCACAUAAAAGCAUUACAUAAAGUCACCCUGAAUAACGUAAGUGUGUGGUAAUAUGCCUAAGUUAUUCAAAUUUAUUCAUUUAAAAAAAAGUCAACUAGGUUUCAGUACUAUCUGAAAAAUAAAAUACAUAUACACACAUACCUACAGCAAGCAUCAUAGUAUAUUUAUUUGGAAUUACAGUAUGACCAUCAUGUUAAUUACUUUUGACCUAAUGAGUUGAAAGUUGUUAUCGAUAAAUGUCAUAAGUGGAAAGUAUUGUUAAUUCUUAUUGUCAUCAGUAUAUAGCUAUUAGUCAGUAGCUAAAGAAUAUCGUUAUGUGAAUGUUUCUGUAACUUGGAAUUACAAUUUUACUGUGUUAAUUAAGUAAUCAAAACCCUACUUAUAAGAUGUCUGUAUUUCUUUUCACCAUUGAAUAAUUAUAUCCAAUAAUAUAUUGCAUAAUAACUAUACUCAAGUUAAUGUAACAUUGAUCUCUGCCAAAAAAUAAUGUGCUAGCAUUAAAAAAAAAUCUAUGUGGCAUUAUAAUAGGUGCCUGUCAUUCAUUAUGAUUUGAUUUUAAAGUGGAUUUUCUAGCCAGUGUGUAUGUCCAGUGUAUUGAGAAUUAUUUACUCAUCUAACACAGACUUGUAUUAUAGGCUAUUUAAAUAUAUUGUGUCUAUUCCCA